AGAAAGUAAUCUGUUUGGAUAAGAGAGAGAUAAGGCAGAGAGAGAAACCAUUAGUUUCAGUUUCAAUUUCAGUGAGCUUCAAUGGCCACUCUGCAACUCACUCACUCUUCCAAGCCUUCCUUAACCUCUCUCUUCUCCAUUACUCCCCGCCAUUUUCGAUCUUCUCAACCUCCUUCUAGUUUUAUUCCUAAAGCUUCGUCUUCUUCUUCGGCUUCGCUGUAUCGCAGACAAUUCAUCGCCGAGACCGCUGCGGUUUCUCUGUCCUUGGCGGCGCCAUUUCUUGGAUCUGUACAACCGGCUAAGGCUGAAGAAUCGCUUUCCGAAUGGGAAAGAGUUUUCCUUCCAAUUGACCCCGGCGUCGUUCUUCUCGAUAUCGCUUUUGUACCCGAUGACAUGAACCACGGUUUCCUUCUGGGGACUAGGCAAACGAUUUUGGAGACGAAAGAUGGUGGAAAUACUUGGGCUCCACGCUCAAUUGCCUCAGCUGAAGAUGAAGAUUUCAAUUAUAGAUUUAAUUGUAUUAGCUUUAAAGGGAAGGAGGGAUGGAUUGUUGGGAAGCCUGCAAUACUGUUGCAUACUUCUGAUGCUGGAGACACCUGGGAAAGAAUACCACUUAGCGCUCAAUUACCUGGAGAUAUGGUGUACAUAAAGGCAACGGAUGAAAAUAGUGCAGAGAUGGUGACUGACCAAGGUGCAAUAUAUGUUACAUCAAAUAAGGGCUACAAUUGGAAGGCUGCCGUUCAGGAGACAGUUUCUGCUACUUUAAAUAGAACAGUUUCUAGUGGCAUUAGUGGGGCAAGUUAUUACACAGGAACUUUUAACACUGUUAACCGCUCACCUGACGGAAGGUAUGUUGCUGUGUCAAGCCGUGGUAACUUCUACUUGACUUGGGAACCUGGGCAGCCAUUCUGGCAGCCACAUAACAGAUCAAUUGCAAGAAGAAUUCAAAACAUGGGUUGGAGAGCUGAUGGUGGUCUUUGGCUUCUUGUUCGUGGUGGUGGACUAUUUCUCAGCAAAGGUACAGGGUUAUCCGAGGAUUUUGAAGAAGUACCUGUGCAAAGCCGUGGUUUUGGCAUUCUGGAUGUUGGCUACCGUUCACAGGAGGAAGCUUGGGCAGCAGGGGGAAGUGGGGUACUAUUGAGAACCACCAAUGGUGGCAAGACAUGGAUACGCGACAAAGCAGCUGACAACAUUGCUGCGAAUCUAUACUCAGUAAAGUUUCUGGAUGAAAAGAAAGGAUUUGUGCUGGGUAAUGAUGGAGUGUUGCUACGGUAUCUGGGAUAGAGUUGUAAUUAACACACGAAUCUGUGCAGGUUUGGAGUAAUGCUUGCAAUUUUGUAUGGUUGAAUUUUACCAAAUAUGAUAUGUGAUGUGUUGUAUCAAAAUAUGAGGCAAAAUCUCAACGUUUAAUAAUAUUGUAAUUUCACUGUAAAGAAUAUCACUGCUACUUCACCACAAGUGUUGUUUUUGCCACUUCAUA